UUUUAUUUAAAAUCUUCUCAAAAAUUCAAAAAUCGUGUAGACAACAUAGAAAGAUGCCUGGCCGAAGAGGAAGAUUUGGAUUAAAACGACCGGCAAGUGGAAUAUGCCAAUUUUGUUUAAAAAUUAUAUCAGCAGCGAAUUGGAGUCGACAUCUUCAACAAAUGCAUAGAGGGGAAAUUGUAGAAAUGAGAAAGGGAGGGGAGCUUGCUAGAAAAGAAAAAGAUGAUGAUCGCUUGUCUCCUGAAUUGGCACCUAUUAAACGACAAAAAAUAAAAACAACAACGAUUUUGGAUCAGGACAAACCAGAAAUUAGUGAAUUCGAUACAAAGAUUGACAAUGAAAAGGACAAUAAAGAGGUGGAAACGACAGAUAUUCCUUUAAGAAGAAGCAAGAGAAAUGCUAAAAGUGGGUUUGAUUUGGAUUUAAAAUUUUUUUAA